CAGAAUAUCGAUCGCGCGCAGUCGAUCUAGAGCUUGAACACCAUUAAAACUUCACACGAACAACAUACCCACUCGCACCAGAGUGAGUUAAUUGUCUCUGGAACUUCCCACAGAAGAGCGCUGACCUCACCUCACACACCUACUACCUGUUCAAAGUUCCUCUGCCAAUCACACGGCGGAAGCCAGCAAACUGCCAGGUGACACUUGUUACAAAUAGAAACUCUACGCCGCCUAUAGGUGAUACUCGUAAAUUACAGCUUCCACUUUGGGUAUUUGUUUUCUCUUUACCGAGGAAAAUGAAAGCGGCUGCCACGUGGGUGAAGAAUGGGCGCAGGCUCCUCGCUAAGCUGCAGAUGGAUGGAUCAUAAAUUCAGACAGCACAACGAAGAAACUCUGAAUCUACUUGAUACCAUGGCUAAAAACGUCACUAACACCACUGAAGUGGAGGUCACCGUGGCCUUCCCUAAUCACCUGUACCGCCAGGUUUCCAAAUCAUCAGCUGAGGAUAAACUGGUUUUCACAGUUCAGGUUCUGGAGGAGGUGGCUGCCCUGUUUGAGGAGGAUCACAGCUCUGCAUCAUGGGAGGACGGCACAGUGAGGAACUUUCUCAAUAUUGUCAACAAACAGGCUAAAGAGCUUCACUCCUGUAUUGGGAGCCACGGUCACAAGAUGAAAACCACAAAGCUGCACAUGUAUUUUAAGAGACUCUCACAUCAUAUCUUAAAGGAAAUGGGUCACAGUGCUGAAGCCUGGGAGGUGAUCAGGAAGGAAACCAAAGCCCAUCUAAUGAGAGCAGAACAGCUGGCUUCGUCUCUGCACACUGCCCACUAAAACCUGUCUGUUGUCAUGUCUGUGAUGACGGCUGUGUUCAUUUAACUGCUUGUCUAUGUAUUUAAUUUAUUUAUUUAUUU